CAAUGAUCCAAUCCCUUCACUCUUCUAUCUCCCUCUGCAGCUUUGUAUUAUAUUAUGCCAAUAAAAGAAACGAAAUUUUUUCGUGGAUUCGCUCCCUAAUCAGCCUAUCCGUCACUCUCUCUGUGUAAGGAUCAUAUCCAUGGAAGUAGGCGUAGAAGUGUGUAUUGUUUAUUUAUUUGGAAGGGAACAACGGUUGGGUGAUCGCUCGCUAACAGGUCUCUAAAGCACGAUGGAGUCGUAGUCUCUCAUCCCCCCCACCCUCCCCCCAAUCUUCGAACAAAUUCUUAUGCAUUCUUGGGCUUCUACCUUUUUUUCCUCCUCGGCGUUUCAUAGGAAGAAAAGAUUCGAUCUUUAGUGCCAUCUUCGAUGAUUCAUGCAGGUCGCUGUGAGCCCUCUAAAGGGUAAUCGCAUUUGUAUCAGAAUCAGUGGAGUAAUUGUUUUAUGGGCAGCGGCUGGCACACUGUGGAGUUGAUGCUAGGAUUGUGGUAGGUGGGUGGAGAAGACUCUGGGUAAUCUUGGGGUGACAAGUUCUUGGCGGUGAGCCGUCUGAUCCCUUCAAGUUUUUAUUCUUUCUUUGAAAGAUAUUGCUACCCAGAAGGAAAUAUCAUUAUUAUUAGAGUGACUGCAUUAUUAAGUUGAUGAGUAAUCUCACAGUGUUGGUUCAUAGUGAUGAAAUUCCUCUUAAUUACACAUAGAUGGAUCCUUGGGGCAACCUGAUACCGAGUCUGGGUUAAGAUGGCGGUGGUGAGAGGCGGUGCCUUGGUCAGAGUUGCAUCCUCUGGGAAUAAAAGGGCACGGAUAACAUCUCAAAUGGAGGACAAGGCAGACAGACUAAGUGAAUUGCCCGAGCACUUGAUAGAUCAUAUUCUCUUGCUCUUGUCCAUCAAGGAUGCAGUUAAAACUAGUAUGUUAUCAAGAAAAUGGAGGUACCGAUGGACUACACUACCUGAACUUGUAUUUGAUGAUCUCCGCACUCCUACUUCUUCUGAUGCUCAAUCAUCAAAUUCUGUGUUGGGGAAGAUCAUCAGCGAUGUUCUGUUAAUUCACACGGGCCCUUUACGCAAGUUUGUGAUCUCUCACAAGAAAUUCCAUGCUGAUUCCGACAUCAGUCGCUGGUGUUAUUAUUUAUCGAGGGUUUCCCUCAAAGAACUAGUUCUAAAUUUCUCAGUCAGCCCUUGGUGCAAGAUACCGAGUAGCCUAUUCUCCUGUCAGGAGUUGGUUUGUCUAAACCUGUGCAGUUGUUCUAUAAAUCUUCCAACUACAUUUGGAGGAUUCAAGCAUCUGAAAAGAAUGGAGCUUUCCUCUUGUUUGGUGUCUCAAGAUGGGCUUGAGAGGCUGAUCUUGAGCUGCCCAUUGCUAGAGAACAUGAUGUUGAAAAAUGUGGAUCGGCAAAUUAGUCCGCUUCAUAUUUCUGCACCAAAACUUCGCCACCUUGGACUAUACGGAACUGUUAACUUAAAGGAUGUUAGCUUUGGAGCCAAUCAUUUGACUUCAGGAGUCAUUAGUUUUUCGGUGGACAUCAAUGAAGAUGGGGUAGCUCAUGUAAACCAAAGCUAUAGCAGUUUCAUCAACUUUUUUAGUCAGCUACCGCUAAUUGCUAGACUCAGUGUUGGCCGGUACUUGCUGAAGGUAUUAGCAUGUAACUGAUUCUUCAACUUAAAAUCAGUCUGAUGUUUAUUUCUUUUAAUCUGAUUAUAUCUCUUUUGGCAAGUGGAGUUGUUAAAUUAGUUGA